AGCACGACUGAAGCCAUUAGUUCUGCCAACGACUUACUCGCUGCGCACUCCGCCCUCGUCUCCAGGGUUCGACAAUCUCAGCAAAAUCAUCGCCGGAAAUUGCAGUCAAUCCAGCCUCCCCCAAGUCUCGAGCUUAUUCGACUUCCUACUAUUCGGUCUCCUCUGCCUUCUCCUUCUUCUUCUUCCUCUCCCACAGAGAAUUCUCCAAUUCAGUCUUACAAUAAUGCACUGCCAUUGAGACUUGACUUGCCUCCAGCUAAACGUGCCCGGGUUGCGCGGUACAAGAACUACGUUCCGGAGGAAGAGACUAUCCGUAAUGAUUACUCUCAGCGUUAUGUCGAUGGUGGUGAAUGGCCACAAAACUGGGUCUUAGGUGCCGACCCAGAACAUCGUUUCGAGGAAUAUCCAAAGCAACAGCGGCUAUUAAAUCUCAAGAAAGCCUCCGUUGCCAACUACUCAUUACCUCCUUCGUAUCUAGCUUUCUCUGAACUGAAUAGCUUGACUCCUAGCAAAUUCGACGUCAUUCUACUCGACCCACCGUUUUCAUCCUCCUUUACCUGGGAUCACCUACAGGAACUUCCUAUACCUGCACUUGCGGCUGACCCGAGUUUUGUCUUCCUUUGGGUCGGAAGCGGUGCGGGCGGAGGUUUAGAACGAGGACGAGAAGUCCUUGCAAAGUGGGGUUAUCGGAGAUGUGAGGAUGUGGUAUGGGUCAAAACGAAUCUCACGAGUAAUAAAGGACCGGGUACUGACCCGCCUACUACGUCUCUGUUAACACGAACAAAACAACAUUGUCUCAUUGGCAUCCGUGGUACAGUCCGACGUUCAACUGAUAGCUGGUUCGUUCACUGCAACGUUGAUACCGACGUGAUUAUUUGGGAGGGUGAUCCAUGCGAUCCCACGCGUAAACCUCCUGAGAUGUACACUCUAAUCGAAAACUUCUGCCUCGGGAUUCGCAGACUCGAAAUCUUCGGUAGAGCUUCCUCUUCCAUCAGACGUGGCUGGGUUACCGUUCUGGGGCAGGUUGAAGAAGACCAACUUCACAGGACCCAUGGCGUCGGUGAGACCGUGUUCGUAGACGACUCUGAGGGAGGAGAGGCCACAAAAUGGGUACGCGAGAUCUGGGAAACUCGAAUUAAGGAAAUGGUGAACGGAGGGAAACCUGUCGUUCCUAUGACGGCUGACAUCGACGCUCUACGGCCCAAAUCACCGUUCCGACCUGGAGCUGCAGGAACGCCUCACAAUGGUCCCGGCGGAAACAAUGUCGGAGGGACAAUGGGACCGGGCGGAGUUACGAUGGGAAUGUCGAAUUCAGCAGCCGUGGGCCCACGGAUGAACAUUAGCGGAGGGAAUCGAGGUGUCUUCAAUCCCCAUGGUUCAGGAGUUAUGUCAGCGCCUGGGCAAAACCAGCUGAUGGGAUCACAGCCACUGUCUGGAGGGCGGAUGGGAAUGAAUGUAAAUAUGCAUGCACUUGGGAUGGAGAUGGGAAAUGGGUUGAGUAUGGAGGGAAUGAUAGGGGCUUGGCCCGGAAUGAUGGGUGGGAUGAGUAAUAUGGGAGGUUUGGGUAAUUUAGGUACUAUGGGGAAUAUGGGAAUAGGGAAUAUGCCGGGACUGAGCACCUCCGGCAUGGGCAAUAUGGGCGGAGGAAUGGGAAUGGGGACAAAUAACAGUUUGGUUGAUAUAGGUGGUAUGGGCCUCCAUGCUCAGCCAGGUGGUCAUGUUUCCAUGAAUGGGAUGAAUAUGUUUAAUCCUGUAAUGGGCAACAUGGGGUGGGGA